AUGGAGCAUAAUUCAACGAAUUUCCCACGUAACGAUGCAUUGGGCGAUUGGAGUUCCGGCGUUAGUUCGUCCACUGACUUGGUGAUGCCCGGCGCGCAGUCAGCGCCAUUGAAACGGCAGUUGAUUCGGCGCAGAUAUGGAGGCCCACCAGCAAAGCGUGCAGCCCCUGCCAUCCGACUGGACGCUGGGUUCAAAUGGAAUUUGCAGGCCCUCGCGAAUGCAGCCGACACUGUGGAGUCUGGGGGCAAAUCGCCAGUGUCGGCGCUGAACGAACUGGGCGUUCGCGUCUCCUACACUGUUCUACAGCAGGGCGGACCAGCACACUGUCCCAGCUUCACCGUUGCCGUCACUGUGGCGGACAUGCGGUUCGAAGGCUGGGGCCACAGCAAGCGGGAGGCUCGUGCCGCGGCGGCGCGCGCUUGCCUGGCGGCGCUGCUGGCGCGCGCGGGCCGCCUGCUGCCGGCGCCUCCGACCCACCAGGACUUUACCAGCGACGAGCCGCCCAAGGGACAAGGUCAGUCCUCACAACCCUACAUAUGCGCUGAUGGCGCGCGUGGGCCGUCUGCUGUCGGCGCCUCCGACCCACCAGGACUUCACCAGCGACGAGCCGCCCAAGGGACAAGGUCAGUCCUCACAACCCUAUAUAUGCGAUGCUGGCGCGCGCGGGCCGCCUGCUGCCGGCGCCGCCAACCCACCAGGACUUCACCAGCGACGAGCCGCCCAAGGGAUAAGGUCAGUCCUCACAACCCUAUAUGUGUGCUGCUGGCGCGCGGGGCCGCCGGCUGCCGGCGCCUCCGACCCACCAGGACUUCACCACCGUCGAGCCGCCCAAGGAACAAGGUCAGUCCUCACAACCCUAUAUAUGCGCUGCCGGCGCGCGCGGGCCGCCUGCUGCCGGCGCCUCCGACCCACCAGAACUUCACCAGCGACGAGCCGCCCAAGGGACAAGUUCUGUGCUCACAACCCUACAUAUGCGCUGAUAGCGCAUGGGCCGUCUGCUGUCGGCGCCUCCGACCCACCAGGACUUCACCUGCGACGAGCCGCCCAAGGGACAAGGUCAAUCCUCACAACCCUAUAUAUGCGCCGAUGGCGCGCGCGGGCCGCCUGCUGCCGGCGCCGCCAACCCACCAGGACUUCAACAGCGACGAGCCGCCCAAGGGACAAGGUCAAUCCUCACAACCCUAUAUAUGCGCUGCUGGCGCGCGCGGGCCGUCUGCUGUCGCGUCGGAGUUCCAGUGUCUGGAAAUGAAGACAAAGCAGCAGAAUGCGUUGCCCAAGCCCGCGGUGGAACCUCCAGUUGCGAACGUAUCGGCGGGCGCGGCGCUCUUCGGUGCCCCAGUGCCGGUGCCAGCUCACAAGAGCCCCAUCAACACUCUCUACGAGAACUAUCCCGGGCUCACGUUCAUCUGCACCUACGGGGACGGCUCGCCCUUGGACUCCAUGCAGGCACCACUUCAGCUGAGUCACAGUAUGAGAUUUAAAGUGGUUUGUCAGAUCAAGGAUCAGAAGUUUGAAGGUUACGGGGCGAGCAAGAAGUUGGCAAAGCUGGCGGCGGCGCGCGCAGCGCUGGGCGAGCUACGCGCCGCACCGCCGCGCGCCCACAGCCUGCCCAGCUCGCCCUGCGCGCCGCCACUGUCGCAGCUGCUGGCUGACCACGUGGCCAGAUUAGUAAACGAUAAAUUUAACGAGCUGAUGCGCGGUGACCUGGUGCACUCCAAGCGGAAAGUGCUCGCCGGCAUUGUAAUUACCAUCAACCACAGCGUGGAAGGUGCUAGGGUGAUAGCUGUGACCACUGGCACCAAGUGCGUGUCUGGGGAGCAUAUGUCAGUGACGGGAAUGGCCGUGAACGACUGCCAUGCAGAGGUGGCAGCCCGUCGCUGUCUGCAAAGGCAUCUGUACGCUCAGCUUCUGAUGUAUGCGUCUUCAUCAGAUCCACGGAAGCCGAUACCGCAAUCAGACCUGGAGCCAUUGCCUGAGGGCGGGUACCAGCUAAAGCCGGACCGUCAGAUACAUCUGUACGUCAGCACGGCGCCUUGCGGAGACGGACGGAUCUUCAGUCCACACGAGCAUAACGAGUCUGAACCGGAUAAACACCCAAACCGGCUCGCUCGUGGCCAGUUGAGGACCAAGAUAGAGUCCGGGGAGGGCACAAUACCCGUGAAGAACUGCAACAACAUCAUCCAGACCUGGGACGGAGUUUUGCAGGGCGAGCGGCUGCUGACGAUGUCGUGCUCGGACAAGGCGGCGCGCUGGUGCGUGGUGGGGCUGCAGGGCGCGCUGCUCACGCGCCUGCUGCGCCCCGUCUACCUGCACGCGCUGGUGCUGGGCUCGCUGCUGCACCAGCACCACCUCUACAGAGCAAUAUGCGGCCGGAUUGAGAACUACAUCUCAUCUCUUCCUCCUCCGUUCCGGCUGCAAAGACCGAUGCUGGCGCGCGCUGCCAGCACAGAAGCGCGUACCCCGGCCAGGGCGCCAUCUUUCAGCGUUUGCUGGAGCUGCACCUCCCCGGUGCCGGAGAUAGUGAACGCGACCACGGGCAAGCUGGAGAAUGGUCAGCCGUCGCUGCUGUGCAAGCAGAGCAUGUUCGCGAGGUGGCAAUACUUGGUCACCAGACUCCCACUAUUACCUCAGGAAACGGAAACAUGUGUAGAUAACAAAUCGGAGCCGCUAGACUUGGAGAAUCUGCCAUACAACGAGGCCAAACAACUCUGCACCACUUAUCAGGUAGCUAAAGAAUGUCUGGUGGAGGCGUUCGAAAAAGCCAACCUUGGAAGGUGGGUGAAGAAACCAAUCGAGCAGGAUAAUUUCGUCUGCGAUAUACACAACCCAGAUCCGAACGCUCUGUUCGCCUAG